GCGGCGGUUGGCGGGCGGCCCCGGCUGCACCUAGGAGCGGCCGAUCGUCCCACGUCCCCAGUCCCCAUCCCGAGCCCGGGGCUCUGGAACGACCGGCGCGGUGCCCAGAAAAAGCUGCGCACUCAGCACACCGCCCGAGCUGAGGCCGGCGGCGCAGACCCCCGCGUCCCACCGCGCUUCCCUGGGUGGCGAAUUGCUGAAUGGCCUACCGCGGGGCGCGGGGCCCGGCCCCGGGCGCCAUCCCCGUCCCCGGAGAGGACCGGCUGCAAUCGGGAUUACGAUUUGGGAUGUGGUACUGGAAAGAUGACACUAGAACUCUCGAAUUCAAAAGUUUUGCACCUGCUGUGGAAUACAGGGAGAAAGGAAAGAAAGGCAAAGCAGUUCACUUUGCUGAAAUUGAUGGUCCAGCUUCAGAAAGGUUGACAGACAAAAGACAUGCUUCGAGAGAGGAUAAGUCGGCGAAAGCCUUAGAGAAGCGAGGUCAGCCGGGCACCAUCACCCUGGAGGAUGCCAAGUUUGUUGCUUUGCUUUCAUUACAAGACACUGAGAUGCAGAGGGUCUGCUCUUUCACGACGUUUAUGAGAAAUAAGAAUCUCGAUAAUUUCCUCAUGGCACUAUUGUACUAUUUAUCUUAUUACUUGGAAAAAAACUCGCUGGAAAAGAAACCCAAAAGCUAUAUGGUGGGCCUGGUGGAGAAAAAAGAGAUGGAGCUGGUUUUGAGUAAGUUAGAAGCAGCACAGAAAUACCUGGCACAGAAGUACUGUCUCCUUGUGCUGGGCUUGGGUAUGCCCGACAAGCAUCACAUGUGCUGUGGAAAGGAUAAAAUAUCAGACACACAAAAAGACUGGAAAUUCUUUGAGUCCUUUUAUACUUUCUGUACAUACGUGGCUUGGAUCGUCUUCCGACGCCAACACUUGACAGAGAUUGAGGAAGAAGUAGGAAGGCUCUUCCGCACCAAUAUGUUCAACAUUUCUAGAAGGAAGCACGAAGAUGAAGAAUCAGGAGGAGAGAAGAAACGCAUGACAUUGGUACAAUUCAGGAAAAUGAUGGCAAAACGUCCAGCAAUUAAAAAAGCAAUUAAUAUGCGCUCUCCAGUCAUGUCUACUCUGCUGCCAUCUCUCAGAGAAAAAGCCCAGCAUAUCAUUGAGAAAAAGUAUCAGGCAGGCACUAAACUCCCAGUCCACAUGCAAAAGUACUCAGCCAGUCCCGACUCUGUGCCCAUGCCAAUAGUUGGCAUCUUGGGGGAGCCACGAUAUCUGUUCAACCCUCAUACUCUUCUCCCCCUUGAACCAGAAGAAAAUGUGAAGCCAUCUAGAAGAAAUACUUCCUUAAUAGAGAGAAAUAACACGAGGGUACAGGAUGUCCUGGACUUCGCAAUGAGAACCAUGCUUUCUCAAAACAGUCGACCCUAAAUACUCUAGCACACUCCGUCUUUGUAAUCAACUCCCUGUAUUUGAAGUAAACUACUUUGAUCUAAUUACUCUAUA